AUGCUGACGGAGGACCUUGCGCCGGACCCUUAUCCGCGGACAAACCUUCACGGUACUCACCUCACACUCACUGCGCAAGGACAGCCUCAUCUUUUCUUUUCUGCUGCUGCUGCUGCAUCGCGCGCAGGGACUGCCGGGGCCGCGGGCCACUGGGCUUUGUAUUCUGGGAAUCCGGGAGGGCAAGUGCCAAAUUAA